GUCGCACGAGUUUGACAUUGCUUCCACGUGGUGAACGGAAGACGACAACAGGAAGUGACCCAGGGGCAUGCAGUGCAAUGUUUUAGAAUCCGCAGCUGCCGAGCUGGUUGAUGAAAGUCUUCAUCCUCUUGAGCAGCUGGAGCUUUUGACGGCGAAGGUGGAUGAACUGAAAGCCAAGGGUGAGACGGAUGCGGUCAUUGAGUGUCGAAUCAAGCAGCUAAGUCUUCAAAAGGUGCUGUCCCACAUCCACCGAUUUCCGCUUCAGCCAGUGAUACAAGCCCAAGCAGCACUGGCAGAGGCAUAUGGCCAGGGAGGCUACUUUGCACAGGCCAAACAGCACAUUACGCAAGCACGAGAAGUGUGCAAUGGUGGAAUCUAUGGUGACCUGCAAUGUCGGCGUUUGCAGGCUGACCUCCUCGCUUCUGAGGGGACCAUUUGCUUUGCGGAAGGGCAGCUUGAGGCCGCUGAGAAAGCUCUGAUGGAUGCAGCCCGACUGGGACGAGAGACGCGCGGAGGCCUCGAUCGCUUCACUGCGCAGGUUCACAUUCUUUUGGGACAAGUUGCGACUCAGAGAGGGAACGUCGACAAAGCCAUCGACCACUUCUCUGAUGCGUGGGAGGCUUAUGAAGACAUUGAUGGUCGAACAGCCGAGCCUACUCUUCGCGUAAGGUUGCAAAUGGCGGAGGCUCAACGAACAGCUGAUGAUGACAGGUCCCAAAAAGCCGUGGAAGAGUUGCAGGACGUUGUGCGGAUCCUCGUGGAAAUCCUGGAGGGCAAGGAGGGCGUCCCUCAACUUCCUCGGUUACUGGCUGAGAGUUCUUUGCGUCUUGCCCUUUGGCUACAAGCAGAUGAACGUGAUCAAGAAGCAUUCCAGGCUCUGGAGAUUGCGGAAAACACGUGCAAGAAGAAUUGCAGUGAGGAAGACCUGAUGGCCAUUGACAUCAAGCGCCAUAUGGCUUCCCUUCAUAUCAAGUUGGGAAGAAAAAAGGAGGCUCUGGAGUAUUUAAAAGAUGUGGAGUACUUCGAGCGACGGCUCCAUGGCUCACAGUCUGUCCAAGUUGCCCGCACUCUGAAGGCAUUGGGUACCGUUUAUGCAGCAGAUGGAAAUCAAGCGGAAGCUGAAUCGUCCUUUCAUCAGGCCUUGAGGAUUUUCGAGACGGACCGCCACCAGAACGCUGGCUUUAUCCGUGAUAUCAAUGCCAUGCUGCAGAGCAUGACGACUGCUUGAUGGCAGUGACCUGCCUACGACAAACUCUGUACAUAGUGCAUCAAAGUGCUGCAACGUCGGUUCGUUACGAUGGAC